AUGUCAUGGUGUAAAACAAUUUUAGUAUUAAUAGUGCUGAUCCUGGGAAACAGCGAAAGCUUUCCCAAUAACAAGCAUGAUGAAGAUGUCGUUGAAGACGUCGAGCCAGCUGAAUUUGACGUGGUAGAAGAUCUAACAAACAGCACAAAUGAGAGUCUAUGCGACCAGUGUUCACCAGAACUGUGCCCAGCGGCACUGGGCUGCAGAGCGGGGACAGUUUUGGAUAGCUGCGGCUGCUGCUCUGAGUGCGGGAAUUUGGAAGGACAGCCGUGUGACCUGGACACCAGGAACAGUUUUUACGGUCUGUGUGGCUCGGAUCUUCAGUGCAAAAUCGACGUCUCAGACCUCGGACUGGGAGAGAUACCUGAGCCGCAGUGUAUUUGCAAAUUACAAGAGGCAGUAUGUGGUUCGGACGGCAGAACUUACAUGAAUAUAUGCCAGUUUAAAGAAGCGGCAUAUUCUUCCAUUGGACUAAGUGUUAAUGGCAGCGGUCCAUGCCGAACUGUUCCUCUCAUUAAGGUCCCACCCCAUAACCUUGUGAACGUGACUGGAAGCACCGUGUCGUUCAUGUGCGAGGUCUUCGCAUAUCCAAUGGCGUUAAUUGAAUGGAGGAAGGAUGGCAAUGACGUAACCCUUCCGGGAGACGACCCUCACAUUUCUGUACAGUCACGAGGGGGUCCCCUAAAGUACGAGCUGUCCAGCUGGCUUCAGAUUGAGGGCCUUGCUCCAGGGGAUGCAGGCGCUUACCGCUGUGUGGCCCACAAUGCACUGGGCAGUGUCUCAGCAUCGGCUGUGCUGGGAGCACUGGGGCCAGAUGAGAUGUCUGCCUAUUUAUCAGAGAAUAUGACAGAAAUGUUUGGAUAUGACCAGCCAAGAGACUACGACGAAGACUACUAUUAAUCAGUUUGUCCUCAGAUGCCUACCCCAAACAAGUGCAGUGUUUGUGGAAGGCAGCAUUCUGCUACAUUUACAUUGCUUUGGUUUGUACUGAGCCAAAGUCAUGAUUGCACAUUCCUUCUGUGAGCAGUGAGCAGAGUUCAUUGGCCUGAGCCACUCAACUUAGAGCCACUAUUAAGGAAACUGACUGGGAAAAGUCAGUUAGUGUGAAUACACAAGAGGUAUGCUCAUCAGUCGAAACAAUUUGUACAAAAUCGUAUAGUAAUCCACAUCAUAUCAUAUCCACUCUGGAGUUCAAGUUAGGGUCAGUGCAGGGGCAAUGAAUACCCUUCUGUGUUAAAGUGAUCAUAUCACAAACCCCUUGUGACUACACAUGAAAUAUGACUGCUUUUGAACUUCAAAUUUAAAGGACGUUUCAAAACACAUGAAGAGUGUCUCGUAAGGAACCAUCCCUGACUGUAGCCCUACCGUCCUUAAAACAUUUCACAUUCCCCUCAGGUUUUUCCGCAUGUUACAUCUGGAACAUGUGGGAUUACCAACUGUAUUGUGUUUGAAAUGUCUGACUGAAUUCAUUUCCUUGCAUUGUAAUGCAUUUUUUUUGUGUUCGGUCUGCAUUCCAGUAUAGUGGAUCUAUUUCAUGCAUGGACAGAUGUGUUAGCAAGCCAAGAUCAGACAAGCAGAACAGCCCACAGAUGGUUUUAAUGUCUGGGAAAGCCAUAUGAAACAGUCAUGAGUAUAAUCUGAGUCUUCAGUGGAGGAAAGCUGCUCAUCAUAUGCGCAGGUGACGAGCCAGUUCCAUCCUAAAUCACGGACCCCUGACUUCCUAACUCCCUUAAUGAAAUCGUGUUUCUCAUCCUGCUCCUCAAAAUGCCCUGCCACCUGGAAUCAAUGAUAUCCUUUGUGUUCUUCUGCCAACGUGGUGUUCCUGUGGUGGCAUUUUUAUGGGAAGAUUAGGAGCUAUCUCUAGAGCAAAAUAACAAAAACAGCCCCAAACAAUCAGCCAGGGUUUCCUAAUCAUAUUUGACCAUUUUCUCAGAGUUUCUUUUUUAAACACAUCUCUAUUAUACGUAUGUUUAGUGGUUUCCUUUCAUGUAAUAUUUGUAAACAGGUCCACAAUCGCAAUUGUAAAUACUGAUAAAGCCAAUAAUGUAAGUAUUAGUGUCAGAUAAUGUAAGAUUUGUGGCUCUUUGCUGGUAAUAUUUUGCAGUUUGUGCCAGAGAAUAUAUGAAAGAAAUCCAGUAGUUAUUACAGAAUAUUUAAUCACAGAGAGCCGCUAAAAUACAUUUCUCAUUGAAAAAUGUUUAUUCUCUUGUUAUUUGCUGAAUUGUAAAGGAAGAUGAUGGGCUAUUCAGAGAAAUGUAAAAGUGAUAAAAGAUGCAA